GAUUUUUGAGCACUAUCAUAGUUACAUUGAAGUAAGAUGAUUCCGGAUCAUUUAUUCGAUGAAGGAAUCAAUAAUUCUCUGUUGCACAAAGAUAUGCAGCAUUUGCAACAGAAUAAAACAGUAUACGAUCGAACGCAAAAAGACUAUGAACAAGAACAACGUGAUCUGCUGUCGUCACAAGAUGGCGACACAUGCGAGAUACACGACCAGUUCUAUCGUGACCAUAAAUUGCUGCUAGUGCUUUUUAGAGCGCUUGCCGUGAUGCCCAUCACUCGCUCUAGACCAGGUACGAUCACAUUUAGCUGGACAUCAUCGGCUACUAUUUACGCAAUAUGUUUCUAUAUUCUGACCACCGUUAUAGUUUUAAAUGUUGGCUACGAACGUAUUAUGAUAUUGCGAUCUAUUCGAAAAUUCGACGACUACAUUUACGCGAUUCUUUUCGUCGUGUUCCUCGUUCCUCAUUUCUGGAUUCCAUUCGUCGGUUGGGGAGUCGCUCAUCAGGUUGCCAUUUAUAAAACAAAUUGGGGAAAGUUCCAGGUAAGAUAUUACAAAGUGACUGGAGAGAAUCUUAAAUUUCCUAACUUGAAGUUGUCGAUCAUGAUCAUCAGUGUGGGCUGUUUGUUAUUGGCUGUUUGCUUCUUACUCAGUCUAUAUGCUCUGCUGGACGGGUUCCUCUUGAGACACACGAUAGCGUACCUCCAUAUUAUAACGAUGAUUAACAUGAACUGCGCUCUCUGGUACAUUAAUUGCAAAGGGAUCAAGAUAGCUUCGCAGAGCCUCUCUGAAUGCUUCCGAAGAGACGUGGGCAUAGAGUGCUCUGCAAAGCUGAUAUCUCGCUACCGUUACUUGUGGCUGAAUCUGUCAGAGCUCCUCCAGUCGCUGGGGAAUGCUUACGCGAGAACAUAUUCCACGUACUGCCUCUUCAUGUUCUUCAACAUAACAAUAGCAAUAUACGGUGCGCUAUCUGAGAUCGUAGAUCACGGCUUCGGGUUCAGUUUUAAAGAAGUCGGUCUGUUCGUUGACGCUGUCUACUGCUCCGCUUUGCUAUUCAUCUUCGCUGAUUGCUCGCACAAAUCCACUCUCAAGGUAGCUGCUGGUGUGGUUGAAACUUUGAUGUCUAUCGACGUACUGUCAGUAGAUAGGCCGACCCAAAAAGAGAUUGAUCACUUCAUUCAGGCCAUUGAAAUGAAUCCAGCUGUAGUAAGUCUGAAGGGCUACGCUCAUGUUAACAGGGAACUGUUAACUUCUGCAGUGAGCAUGAUUGCUAUCUACCUGAUCGUUCUUCUACAAUUCAAGAUUUCUUUACCAAAAGAUCUCCAAAUACCAACUUCGUAAUACGUAACGACU